GAUUGUUGUGUUGAGCUGAAAAAAACAGAGAGCCACAGUAAAAAGGAGAGCGUUUGUGGAAUAACGAUAUCCCCGUCCUGAGGCGCAGUUUCCCUAGUAAGGACAUGGCUAACAGCAAGGAGUUGUGUUCCAUCCGGGAAUGGGCGCCACUGACGGAGGUCAUCGACCACAUUCCAGCACGGUUGCAGCGUGGUUUCUUUCCGGCGAAUCUGAACCUGACGUGCGUAGACGCCACCGAGCAGUUCCUGGCCAUGGGCAGCGAUGCAGGCAUAGUAUUUUGGUACAACCGCCGCACGGGCGAAAUGCAGAAGCUUAAAGCGGAGAUUGCCACUCGUAUCACUUGCGUGCGGAUUGUUAACUCGGUAGAGUACAUGGUGGCGGCUGGGUGCGCCAACGGGCAGGUUAGCAUCUUCCAAAUACAGAAGGAGCUACCACAAGACCUUGACCUUGUAGCUCCAUGCACCCGAAGUCGGCCCAUUGAGCGCUAUACCAUUCGGGAUUUGCACAAGUGUGUAGUCAGUUGCUGUGAGUGGUCCAAGAAUGGAAUGAAACUCUACUCCGGCGAUCGCCAAGGCGUGGUGGUGCUUACAGAGUUGGACUACCAGGCGCACCUUAGCAAAUCCGUUGAGAUCUUAAGCGAGGCGUAUGAGAUCGUGCAGCUCAGCGUGCAGCAAAGCCAUCUACUGGUGGCCACCCUCUAUCGUUGCAUCGUGUGCCAGCUCGACGUUCAUACUUCGCAGUGGAAUAUCAUCCAGGUGGGCAAGAAGGAUCGCAAGCAGCUCAUCGACUGUGGCGCAAUCUUUCUUAAAAAGCAGUCAACAAAUAAACCAAGUCUCGUUUGCGGUCGACCUGGCCUGCGCUUCUGGGUGGCUGACGCCGAAGGUAAUGUUUCCAAAACCGUGCUCUUCAGAGACGCCGUACUGCGCAGCCCCACCUGGGAGAUUCCCAUCCUAAACCCCAAACAACGAUGUGAGCCGACCAACAGUCACAAUAAGGCUGCAGCUCCGUGUGGAUCAUCUAAAACUAAUGACGGAGGUGUGGGCUACGUGGCCAGCAGCAACUUCCGGCAGCUUUACCUAUAUGAUGGACACGAUUCGCUGAUGGUAACACAUGACGAUGCCACCCUGUACAUUCUCAACUUGGAUCGACUCAAAGUAGAAGCUGUGGCGCGUGGAUUCCGAAAGAUCCUUGACUUCAGUGUGUGUGGCAAAGAGAUUUUUGUUCUUGAGGGCGAUCGUACUUUGCUGCGCCUGGCUCCUAUGCCCGAGCCACCAAAUAAAACAGUCAAGGUAAUCUUUAAUCCGCUAAUGCCACCUCCAGUCCCUGUUCUGGGAUCUUCGUACUACUCUCAGAUUGAGUCACCGGUGGAGCUUCAGGCGGAAGCCGUGCUCCAAAGCGCAGAGGAGUGUUUUGAACUGUCACCGGUGGAACCCGACGUAAACGUAUCCAUUGAAAUGGCCGUGGAGUCUCCUCUGGGUCAUCAGGACCGACGCUUAGAAAUCUUCCGUCGCAUCGGACAAAUGGAUUUUGAUCAGUCCAUCGUCCAUUCCACUCGAAAGACAUCCGUCUGCAAACCGCCGGAGGCCAGUGUCACGGGAAUUGUCGAGAUAGGCCACGAAACCCAUGAGCUUCGGUUACCUCUUACCAAUGCUGCCACACUAAUGGAGGCCAGUUACUGCCAGAUGGAAAAUAAUGGCUUAGCUUCUCCACUGGACAUGAAGGCAGCAUUUCUUCAGCACCUUCCCGAUGCUCUAAGUCCAACUACUUUGCAGAAGACCGUUGCGGAAAAGGCCAAGGCACUAGCUGCCGAGCUUGAUCUGCCAGAGGUGCAUCUAGCUCCGUUGUCCCAGGAAGAACUUAUUGCUGCCCAGGCACAUGUUCCCAAGCUAAGCGAGUCUUUAAUUCAGUGUUAUCCGAAGAACUUGGAAGAGGCUUGUGUCCAAACGACUUCUCGGGAAAAUCCACUUAACACAUCAGAUGAUUAUCAUGCUGGUCAACCUGUGGAUGGAAUUAAAGCAUUGGCCCCUUCGAAGCCCAAAAUGGCACCACUUAAGUUUGUCCUAAGCCAGCCAAAGCCGAAGCUGAUGCUGGAUGAAGAAAGGGGCGAGGAGGAGUACACCAGCUUCCUACCUGACUUUCGGCGAGCUGGUGAUCCUCUGCGCAAGGAAACUCCAGCAACCAGUGACUCGAACACCUCCAGCGAGUGGGAGUUCUUGGAUAAUUAGUUCAGUAUUAGAAAUAAGUGCAUACUCAUUUGCUUCCGUUUUGAUUUUGUGCACUUUUUCUUUUUCAUUACUCUAUUCGAAAAAGUGUUGUGCUUAUCUGAUUGUGAUCAACGUGAUUUAAUAACUACUUAUAGUGUAAUUUACAUAAUUGUACAUAUUUUAGACGUAUGCGAAAAGUAAUUCCUGACCCAAAAUGAAUCUCUAUUUGAAGUUCGAAUGAAACCAAACCAUUCCUUAAAAAUCCCAAAACUUCUAGCUUACAUAGCAUCAGUGUGAAAUUGUACCAUUUAUUAAAUAUCAUUGUACCCUAAGUUUUAAGAUAUUCGAAUGCUUUAAGUAUUUGCUACUUAAGUUCAAGGUCGCUUCACAUACACAAAAUACAUUUAUUUUAUACAAAUGCAAA